CUUGUACUAGCAUUUAUGACGCGUCCCACAGCAGGCAACUUCUGUGUUGGUCCCUGAGCUGUAGAGAGCAGUCGCGGGCAGAGCACGAAGCUGACGUGGUUUCCUCCUCGCGCUCCUUUUUAAUGUCUUCAGUCUGGUUCAAGAAGCAUUUUCUGAAAAGCGGAUCCUCAACAAACCCAGGGAACGCCGAGUCCCUCGGGCGGGGGGCGGAGCAGCAGCUGCCAGCUGCCUCCCUGUACAGGCGGCCCAAGUUCCUGCGCGGAGUCUGCUCCGGGGAGAGGCUUCCGGGCAGGCGGCCUAUUUACUGUCCCCCCCGGGACAGGCCGCUGCAGUGGGGGACGGGCUACGCGGAAGUCAUCAAUGCAGAGAAAUCGGAGUUCAAUGAGGACCAGGCGACAUGUUGUCAGAUAUCUGUCAGGAGGAGGGAGAUAGGCAUGGAGGAGGAGCAGGAUUGGUUGAUUCUUUGCUCCAGUCAGUAUCUGAUUGGUUAUUACUGGGCCCUGUUUGAUGGCCACGGUGGCCCAGAUGCAGCAAUAAUCGCCUCCAACUACCUGCAUUACUGCAUCAAGCAGAAGCUGGAGGAGGUGGUGGAAGGCAUCACUGAAGCUCAGCCCCCCAUGCAUCUGAGUGGCUGCUGCAUUUGCCCCAGCGACUCCCAGUUCGUGGAGGAAAAGCAAAUCCAGCAGGAAGAUGUGGUCAUUGGAGCACUGGAGAACGCCUUCCAGGAAUGUGAUGAAGUGAUUGGUCAAGAGAUGGAAGCUACUAAUCAGUCAGGCGGCUGCACUGCUCUGGCUGCCCUCUACCUGCAGGGAAAGCUCUAUGUGGCUAAUGCUGGGGACAGCAGGGCAAUCCUUGUUCAGAAACAGAGUGUCAUGCCCCUGAGCAGUGAGUUCACCCCAGAGACAGAGCGGCAGAGAAUCCAGCAACUGGCCUUUCUCUGCCCCAAGCUCCUGGCAGACGAGUUCACGCGAUUUGAGUUUCCUAGGAGACUGAAAGGCAAUGACGUAGGCCAGAAGAUCCUGUACCGGGAUUACUCCAUGGCUGGUUGGGGAUACAAGACAGUGGAAAAAGCUGACCUCAAGUACCCUCUUAUCCAUGGCCAUGGGAAGCAGACGCGCUUGCUGGGGACCCUGGCUGUGUCACGAGGGCUGGGGGAUCAUCAGCUGAAAGUUAUUGACACAGACAUUGAAGUCAAGCCAUUCCUCUCCUGCAUCCCCCAGGUGAAAGUGUUUGACUUUGCUUCACGUAACAUUAAAGAAGAUGAUGUCCUUGUCCUGGCAACUGAUGGCCUUUGGGACAUUCUGUCCAAUGAAGAUGUGGCCCAGAUUGUCAGGAGCUUUCUUAAGGAAAACAGAACAGACCCAUACAGGUUUUCAGAACUAGCCAGGUGCUUAGUUCACACAGCAAGGGGGAAGAAGAAUGGCCAUCAGUGGAUUUUGGAUGACAACAGCCCAGCAUCCUAUGAUGAUAUCUCUGUGUUUUUGAUCCCACUAUACAACAGGGAUGAGGACUGUUAGUGUUGUGAGAUAUGAGAGAGUCAUAUAUCCAUGUAAUAUUAUAGGUCUUUGAGGCCUGGUAUUAAUGACACGUGCUUGACAUGAAUGCAUGCAUUUCAAGUUAGCAACCGAAGCAAGGACUUACGGUGAAGGUCUAUUAGAACUCUGUGCAAAAACAAUCUUAUGUUCCAAGAAAAAUACAGAAAGUCAUCAAAAAAAAAAAAAAGAAAACAGCAGAUAUAAAAUUGUAUAAGAAUUGGAGGAAAUUCAAAUGCCUUGAAUUAUGGCAGCCUUCCCAAGAUUCUCUCUUUUGAAUUGUGCAAGUAGAAGGCCUAGUAAACAAAGGCAAAGAACGGAUGACACAAGGGAAUGGACUAUAAGUGGAUGCUUAUGAUUUCUGCAGAUCAGAAUAAUUUAUUGAUCCAGAGUUCUGUAUGGAUAUAGAUGUGGUUUUGCCAGCUCCCUACGUCUUACCAUUUUAUCCUGAUGGAAGGAAACUUGACUAGCCCUUGGGCCCAUUCUGACCUUUGCUCUCUGGUAUAGUAUGUUUAGGGUGUGAAUGUGGACUGAGUAAAGAUUUGUUUUGUAAUCAAA